AUGCUGUUGGGGCUCGGACUCUCAAAUAAAGAUUUGUUAACUUGGUGUGAUGAUCUUCACAAUUUGAAAGGAAGUGUUUCGCAAUUUCAGUCAUCACUAAACACGAUACUAACAAAAGCACCAACUUCAAUUGAUUUCCAGUUGCUCGAUAAAGAAAUAAAUCUGAACAUAAAUUCUCCGAUUCACCAACAACAACUGCCUAUAAUUGAAAAGACGAAGAGUUUGUUGAGUACGCCACAGGCAAAGGUUGGGGUGAAACUAAAAGAAUUGUAUAGCAAUGAUUUGUUACCAUUCUUAGCUUUGCUUAAUAAAGUUAACUUUAAAUCGCCAAAGAGUGAUAAAUGGGUUGCGUACUUGAACGACUAUGUUCCUCCGAAAGGAAUUGGUAAGGAACUGCUUAAGUUCAUUAAGAAAGAUGGUAAAGACAAGACAACUGGUUCUAAAACAGUUAAACUGGCAACUUCUGUGUAUCCUCCUUCGCUUCUUCCAAUCGAAGAUUCCAAAUUAUUGUCCUUGGUAUUGACAGACAAAUCCUUUAGGCAGCCUUCGGAUUUCAUUGAACUGUCUUCAUUGGAUGAUUUCAGCAACAAGCAUAAUGCCAAAUUGGCGACCAAAGGUAGAAAAGUUCUUGAGCAUGCUCUUCUCGAGAUUUUGGAUGAGAAAUUUCCAAAUAUACAAGAAAAUGACUUAGCAUUGCUUCAAUUCAAGUUGAUAAACCCUACCAUCCUUACAAAGUUCCUGUUUGGUUAUGAUCUUGUGAAUUAUUUAAAAUAUUCUAUCUCGGUAGAUGGAGUAAGCAUCAAGGAUAAAAUGAACAUUAUCGGUAAUGUUUUUUUAGCUUACAUUGGAGCGUUAACCUCCAAACUGAAAGCUAGCCCAGAGUUUUCAUAUACUUUCGAGGAUAUUAAAAUUUGGAUAUCAAAGCUUUACAAUCCAGUUAUAGAGGAAAUAUAUGAAACCAUAAAAUCGAAUGGCUUAUUUCUGAAGCCUUUGGAAGGUCUUGCCAAGAGUGAAUUAGAUUACUUAUUUGGAAGCAAGAUAAAUUACAAGGUAAUCGAGAUUGAUCUGAUCUUUGUUGUUGAGGUAAGGAUCGGAGAUCAGUUGGUAGGCACUGGUACAAGUAGUAAAAGUGCAGAAGAUGGUAAGAUUAAGGCCGCACAAGAGACAUUUAACAACAAGUCCUUAUUAGAUGAAAUUCUAAUCAAGGAGGAGAAUGAAAGGAAAGAAAAGGUUGUGGUACAACAAGGUCAUACCAAUGGAGACACUGAAAUGGCUACAGGAGAGGAAGAAUACGAGCCAAGCUUUGAACCAGAGGAGAUCCCAACUGAGCAAGUUGCGACAAAUCAAAAAGGUGAAAGAGCGGCGGUUAAUCAAUAUGGAGCACCUCCUCCACUACCAGGACGAGAAGCGGCAGACACCCAAGAUUCCAUUCAGCUGUCCACCAAGGCAACAUUUGCAAAGAAGAACUUACAUUCAAUACUUGGAAAGCAUGGGUUGGUACCUAUAUACAAGUAUUCUAAACAUAACAAAGAGCAUAUGGUUACCAUUAUGGUAGACGAUGUGAUUUUGGCAAGAGCAUCAGCGAUUAACAAGAAGAUUGCAUCGCAGAAUGCAGCAUUGACCGCCAUGGGAAACAAGGAGACAUUAGAGGCACUAUUCACGAAGGCGGAGACACCUUCAUCAGCACUGCUGGUAAGAACCGACAACGGAGAUAACAUGGAGAAAACGAGUCGCAUAAUAAAGAGUCCCACUCCAAAUGGGUUACCAAACCUCCCUCCAAUUCCACCAAGGAGUACAUUCUAG